GACGUGCUGCCUCAUCAAACUGCUGAGGCACAAAUCCUUCCACGCUGUUCUCCAGUUCCUGCAGACAAGAGCUCUGAGUUCACCUGCACAGGUGAGAGCGAGCCAGAUUACCUGGACUUCUGCUCCACCCAUCGCUCCGAGGUAGAUGAGGAAGAGGAAGACGAAGGGAGUGUCAGCGACUGGUCGGAGGAAGAUCUCUCACUCCACUUCUCUCCCUCUGUCCUCAUCCAAUCAGACGAUGAAACGUCUGAUCCAGAGAGUGGCUUUGAGUGUGUUGACAUCACCAUAGAGACACAGGUGAAAGGUCAGGAUGCGGAGGGGCUAAAGAUGGUGCCUAAACGGCAGAUUCACCUGAAGAAGAAGAAGAAGAAGGACGGCGAGGAUGGCGCUGAACAGGUGAUACUGAAGGAUGUUCCUGCUGAGGGCAGAGGAAUUAACAAUAAUACGUCAGCUAAUGAGCUGCUGUGUCCCACUACUCGAUCACGGCCUGAACUGUUACUACGGCAACACAGUAUGCCCACCUCCUUUCACGCCACCUCAAAUACUAGCAGUGAUGCUGAGAGCUACGGGGUCUACAAGGGCCUGAUUGCAGGGGCUGGCCAAGGGCUCCUGAUUGGAGGAAACUCUCAGCGUCUUCAGAAGUCGUUCUCUCUGGAUGAAACCAAAACAAAGAUGGCAUCCUGCCUCAUUAAGAACGUGCUGUCGAAAAAGAUGCAGGUGGAACAGAAAAACCUGAAGAAGAACGCGGAGGUAUCACCUGUCCUGCCUCUGGGUCAUCAGACAGGAGGAGGCGGGGUCAGAGCUCCGGUUCACGUGGUGAGAGACGUGAGGAGUUUAGUUAAACACUCAUACGGCCACUCAUUCACCACAUCAGCCGCGUCACAGGACAACAAGUCAACAAGCUGCAAAGCAGUUGGCCAAGAGGAUAGCCCUAUGCCCACUUACCAGCAGGCUGUGGGGGUCAAAGGUCACUUCUCCAAGGUUGCUGUGUCUUUCAGCCAAUCACAAGACAAGAAGCAAAGUAAAUCAUCCAGACAGCCGAUGGCACAGCAGAGACGAGGAAGUGAGCCAAUUAUCAGCAAAGGUUUAGACCACUUAGACCCACCCACUUUGAAGCCCAACCCAUCAGUGAGAGCUGUGACUCCACCUUCCCACCAGGGCACCUGGCCACUGCUCAGUGCUCAGGAACAGAGCUCCAUCCUGGGUGUGUCCUCUCCGUCUGCCCCUGGCUCCUCCCAGCACCUCCUGCAGAUCCCCUUCCCCAGCAGCCUGCACCCUCACCUGGGGAAGGCUGGCUAUGUCCACACCCCUUUGAGCUACAUCCAGACCCAGCAGUCCACACCUGGUGCAAGCAUCCACCUGCCCUUUAGGUCCGAGGAGUUCCCGAACCGGCAAACUGGAAACUUUUCUGAACAAGUGGACCCGACCAAAACACAACGAGAGCGAGAGGGUCAGAGCGGGACAGCAACGCUUCCGAGCCAGAACCAACAAGAGCUUCAGCAGCAGCGCCUGCAUCCACAGCCGAUUCUGUGCAGCGUUCCCAGUCUCUUACCUGCACAGGUAUCUGGGGACUUCCUUGUCGAUGUGUUGGGCUCUGCUGCAGCACCUGGACCCUUCUUCAGAGUUCCCGCCCCCUGUCAACUGAUGUUAGACCCUAAAAGUGGGCGGUUCUUCUAUGCUGACACGUCCCUGCAGCAUCAGAGGAAGAUGCUCCUGGAUCCAGAAACUGGACAGUUCUUCCAGGUGUUCUUACCUCCAGCUGGCUCAGCCUCCAAUGCUGCCAUGUUCCCAGUGACCUGUGCUAACCCCGCCCCCACUGUGAUCCAGGUGGGCGCCACUAACCCCAUGUUGCUCUCGGUGAUGCCAUUCCAGCGAGCAGUGGGCGUGUCCUCAUUUUGUGGCCUUCCUGUCACUGUGAUGGCGUCAAACCAACAGCGCAGCGAUGACAUCACGCACACUUUGCCUGGUCGUCACUGAUCAUCGAUCACUGCUUUGAUAUUGAUUUGUAUUUGUUUGCACUCUGUGACAUCACAUGUUUGAGUUUUGUACUUUUCAUCACAAACACGCGAUCAGCAAAAACAUUUAUUGAUUAUUGAUCAAAACAUUGGAAAAAGAAAAAAACAUUUAAUUCACUCAAAGAAAACAAAACACACCAAUACUGGAGACAAACUGGGACUUGUACUGGGAACCAGUCAGUCCGACUGCUUAUGUUAAAAACACAAACUUAAUAUCGAUUAAUUCAUACUGAUUAAUACUGACCUGUAUUGAUUUAAUAUUGAUCAACACGUUUUUAAAGCAUAUGUGAUUUUCUCACUGCACUCUCUCAGAUUGUUUUUAUGCAAUGGCACAAUUUUUUAUGGGACAGCCAAUGCUGAAGCUCACCUGAAGCUCACCUGUAAUGUUCUGAAUCAGAUUUUAACCCAGCCCUCCAUCUUUGACCCUCUAAACACGAGUGACACCACGAGUGAAAGUGUACACUAAAGAUAUGGAGUCAUGAUUAAAGUCAUGUAACUAAAGAUACUGCAAUCGGAAACCUGUUGAAGUCACGUGACCUCCUCAGGGGGACUUUAUUUUGAACAUAUGUGUAUCUAAUUAACUUUAUUCUGAUUUUGUGAUCUGAUGUAUCUGAAAAGCGUUGCAGUCUGCCAUCAAUAUUGUUGCCAUGGUAAAAAAGGUGAAGUGCAGCUUAAACUGUAAUAAAAUCAACAGUUCCAUUUCCUUUUA